AUGAAAGUGACUAUUGAUGUUACCGGCAAAAAGAAGGAUGAAAGACAAGAUAAUGAAAAGCAAUCAGUUAUAUAUCCAGUUGUGAAAAAUGAGAAGGAAGCAUCCGUGUCCGAGGGCAAACCAGCAGCUGUGAUAGAUUCUAUAUUACUCCUUUCAACCAUUCUUGUGGCAUGGAUUCUUCAUCCUAUCUCCAAGAAAAUUUUUGGCAACUUCCUCCUCCAUAUUGUUGGAUGGGGGAAUCUGGGAUAUCUCGUUUUCUCAACGAUCAGUAACCUAUUCUCUCGGUCAUUGGAAUCUGAAGAUGAUAGUGUCCUUGAGGCUGAGGACAUCGAGGACAUUGUGGCGAUUAUAACGCUUCUCCUACACCUUUUUACGUUCGUUUUCCUUGUUGUAAACAGGUUUGUCGUCAACGGAACUAUCAACAAGCUGUCGAAUGCUAUUGUUUGUAACCCUUUAGGAAUUUAUUUUGCUUCGUCAAACUUUUUGGAAGCACAGAAGGCACUGAAGUUUCAAAAGCCUUAUCAUAUUUCGUACAUUAUUUUGAAAGCCACUUUUAUAAUAGGAGCUGCGGUGUCAUUCGACUAUGAUAAGGAUAUCAAUAGAGGAAUACUGAUGAGAUUUUUCCUGUUGUUUUUUCUUGGGAUAAUACUUUUCAUUGUGGAGGACUAUGUUAUUAGCAUGUUUAAGAUAUCAAAAGAGAAAAUUACUAGUUUUAGAGUCUUUAUGAAUAUAAUACUCGUUGUAGCAUAUACUGUGGCCGGGUACUACAUGAUGAAUAGAAUAUUUUUGCAGGAAUCAGUAUGUUCUAAUUCCUCAAAUAAGGUGGUAUAA